AACCGGGAUCGGACAUAACCCAAAAAACAAAAAAAAAACUCUGAAGAAGAAACACGAGAAAGUUUCAUUAACGGAGAAUGGCAUCAAUUGUCGGAACUGGAACAAGAUUCCUGAGUUUCGGCAAGGUUUCACAAAUCUCUACUUCACUGUUUAGUAGAUCUCAUAAUCCUCGUAGCCUCUUCAUUCGCGCUUACCAUCGGAAUCAUCCUCUUCGUACUCUUCCUCUGUUCUCUGCGGCUCAUCGUCUUCCUCGUCCCCUGCUUUGGCUUCGCUCGUCUGCUCCUGUGUCUUCCAUGGCCACUCAGGCUGAAUCUGGGUCUCCCCACCAAUCCGAUUCUUCUAAAACGGUGAGGAUGGUGAUUAAGGGUAGAGUUCAGGGAGUGUGCUACAGGAACUGGACUGUUGAGAACGCUGAGCAGCUCGGGUUAAAGGGAUGGGUCAGGAAUCGUAGGGACGGUUCAGUGGAAGCACUCUUCUCUGGACCACCUGAAACUGUUGAUGAGAUGCAUCAGAGGUGUCGCCGUGGCCCUCCGGCAGCCAUGGUAACUGGCUUAGAGGCUUUCCCUUCCACUGAACAACCAGGAACAAGUUUUGAAUACAGAUCAACCGUCUGAUUUAUUUCCUAGUAACAGAGAGAGAGAGAGAGGGUUCUCUGAAUGUUGCAAUGAUUUAGAUAUCUGGAUCAGUUUUAAGAAGGCUGGAUCCAAGCAUAUACAUAGUUACUUAUGUUUAACUUUGGGAUUAUAAAAUUAUUCUAGCUUCCGAUCGACAUUGUUAUA